AUGGACGCAGAGCGUCAAGCGCCUCGCCAAGGCGAGAGAUGGUGGAAGAUACAUCUGUUCCGAGGCAUGAUCAACGAUUUGAAGAGGAGAACACCGUACUAUUUGAGCGACUGGGUCGACGCGUGGGACUACAGAGUGGUGCCCGCCACCAUCUACAUGUACUUCGCCAAUAUUCUACCCGCUUUGGCUUUCUCACUGGACAUGUUCCAGAACACUGGCACCGAGUACGGCGUCAAUGAGGUGCUGCUAGCAUCCGUACUUGGUGCUGUCGUCUUCUCGCUGUUCUCUGCGCAGCCGCUCGUUAUUGUGGGAGUAACAGGUCCCAUCACCGUCUUCAAUUACACUGUCUACGAUAUCAUGGAACCCACAGGUGUCAAUUACAUUGGCUUCAUGUGCUGGAUAGGAAUUUGGUCUCUCAUCCUGCACUGGCUACUUGCUAUUACGAACUCCUGCAACUGGCUUCGCUGGGUCACUCGGUUCCCCUGCGACAUCUUUGGCUUCUACGUCGCCUUCAUCUACCUGCAAAAGGGCGUCCAAGUCCUCGAGCGCCUGGGGGGCUCAUCGUCCUUUUACCUGUCCAUCGUCGUGGCUCUGCUUGUCUUCAUGUGUGCGUACAUAUGCGGCAUCAUUGGUGGGAGCUCCUUAUUCAAGCACUGGAUCAGGAUCUUCAUCAAGGACUAUGGCACGCCGCUGACCCUCAUCUUCUUCACGGGGUUUGUCCACAUUGGGCGCAUGCGGGGCGUGGAUAUCGAUGUUCUUCCGACCAGCACGUCGUUCAUGCCCACAAACGACAACCGAAACUGGCUGGUCAACUUUUGGGACAUGAGCGCCGGGGACAUUUUCCUCGCACUGCCCUUCGCAGUUCUUUUGACGGUUCUCUUCUGGUUCGACCAUAACGUGUCGUCCCUGAUCGCUCAAGGCAGCGAGUUCCCCCUCCGUAAACCGGCUGGUUUCCACUGGGACCUCUUCCUCCUCGGCCUCACCGUCGGCGUGGCCGGCAUCCUCGGCCUGCCGUUUCCCAAUGGCCUCAUCCCCCAGGCGCCCUUCCACACCGACUCGCUCUGCGUCACCAAGCCCGUCAAGGAGCUCAACGAGAAGGGCGAGGACAAGGGAGGCUACACGUUCGAGGCUACUCACGUGGUCGAGCAGCGCGUCAGCAACCUCGCGCAAGGCCUGCUGACGCUGGGCACAAUGUCGGCCCCGCUCCUGGUCGUGCUGAAUCUCAUUCCCCAGGGCGUCUUGGCCGGCCUCUUCUUCGUCAUGGGCAUCCAGGCGCUCGAGGCCAACGGCAUGACGGACAAGCUCCUCUUCCUCUGCCGGGACCAGCACCUGACGCCGAGCAAUCACCCCCUCAAGGCCAUCAAGCGCCGAUCGGCCAUCUGGAUCUUUGUCGGCAUCCAAUUUGUGAGCUUUGUGGCCACGUUUGCCAUCACACAGACCGUCGCGGCCGUGGGCUUCCCCGUCUUCAUCUUCGCAUUGAUACCGAUCCGGGCGCUCCUCCUCCCCAAGAUCCUGUCGCCGGACGAAUUGGGCGUUCUAGACGCGCCCACCGCCAGUCCCUUCACCAUGGAAGGCAUUGGCGGCUCGUGGGGCGGCCGAGAGAGUGAGGAGACCACAGAGGUCGAAGAGGAGAAUGAAGGCGUCAUGGCUGGCGCAACGGGUGAAGGAUCCCACGGGGCCACGACCACAGGGACAGUCUCUGGUGACAAUGUCGAGAGACGGUCCGUUGGCAGCACAAGGGCCUCCAAAUAA